CAUUCUCGAACGAUCGAAACCCUCGGAUUCAGAUUAAAAAAAAAAAAAAAUAGAGGAUGGCCACCAUGAUGGAGAUGGAUAUUCCACUGCGCAAGUCCAUCCCUCGUUUUCCUUUACGAAUUGUUCCUUUUCUUUCAUUUAGAUCUCCAAAUAUUAAUAGUUUGUAAUUCAUUUGUUUUUUUGCAGCAGCUUGCUAGGAAGCCAGAGCUAUUUCCCUGCGGAUGUAUGAUGCUUCAAGAGAGAAGAUAUCUAACCAGAAAGCCCCCAAGCAAAUCAAGGCAAUAAGCCAGAAAUUAUCUACAUUAGCUUUGGAAGAGGAGAAGCAAUCUGUUAGUAAACAUUUCAUGAAGAAGAAGAAGAAGGAGGAGAGGAGGAAGAAGAAGAAGAAGGAGAAGGUAUCACGUUGUGCUUGCUGUGCAUCGUAUAAAGGUAAGAUGAAGAAGGAGAUACAUAUAUGGGUAAAGGCCACAAAGAAAGAAUUACGUAGGUUGUACCCAGAGCUGGAAGGGCAGUGGAGGAGGCAACAAGAAGUGCGUAGGAAGAAUCAUCUUGAGAUGUUGGCUGCUUACAAAAAGCGGCAAGAAGAGGAAGAGAAAGAGAAAGAGAAAGAGGAAGAGGAAGACGAAGAGGAAGAGGAACUUGAGGAGGAGCAGGAAGAAGAAGAGAUAGAGGAAGAGGAACUGGAAGAGGGACCAGAAGAGAAACAGAAACGAAUUGAGAAAGAGAGAGAUGGAGCAACAGAAACAGAAAGAGGAGGAAUUUGCUGCUUUUUUGGCAAGCGAAAAGGAAAAGGCCACCAAGAGUUUAGUGCGUUUUUUGUCCGCUUAUCCAUCAAAAGGAACUUGCUGCUGAGAGUUUCUUGCGUAGUUUGUCCUCUUAUGCAGCAAGGGUAGGAUUAUGAAGGCCAAACCACGAGGGAAGCCAGUAGCCAACCGAUGAAGGAAUCUACAAUGGUUCUUUUCUAUUGAACCAGAGUAAGGAUGCGACCAACCUUUAAAUUUAAGUUAAACUAUGACUAGCUAGUCUGUGUGCCACUCAAUUGGUUUGUCUAGGAGCAUACUGCACUUAAAUUGCGGACCACACCUGAGGAGAGCGUUGAUGUCCUCUGUCAUGUUGUUGCUCAGAGAAGAGCCGUAGUUGCAGUACGUGAUGGUUUUUUUGCUCAAUAAGAGCACUAGAGAUGCUUAAUGCUUGAAGGAAUUCAAUACCCUACUUCGAGGCCAGCAAUUCUAUAUGAAGAGGGGAGGUGACAAACUCCUUCCUUAGUGAAAAGGCAGCACCAUUUCCAGCUCUUUAUAAGUGAGCGUCGUGAUGGGUGUUCCUUCGUUUUGAACUAAUUACCUCAACCCUUCCAAAUGUGCCUCAGAAUUACAAUUUGAUCAAACAUUUAAUUGACUGGAAUUACUGUUUUUUUUUUCUUUCCUUCCUGGGAAUCAAAUACUUUGACUACUUUUCUGCAAUUUUGUCUUGAAGACCUUGGCUAGCUUUCUUCCCUUUUUCUAGUUUCUUGGGGUCUUGAAUUCAAAGAAGGUUAAACUAAGAGAGCUUCGGGACAAGCUCUCAAAACAAGAAGCAGAUGGGAAACUGCCACAAGAAUAGGAAGAGAGCACAGACAAAACUGAAACUUACGUCAGUGAUUAUGAGAAUAGUGAGGUAGAAUCCUUGAAUGAUCCUCCCGCUACCUCCAAGGAUAUUCCAUCUAGUAGGUCUCAAGGUCGAAAGAGGGCAUUGGAAAAAUAGA